AUGAUUCAACAGGUUCUCAUUCCAAAGAAGCGCAAGUUCUCAAACAGUCCGUGCACACAAUGCGUUAUAUCUGACCUUGCUUGCGAUUCACAGCUUCCUUGUGGAAGCUGUGAAGCUCGACAUGUCUCGUGUUACUGGCUGCCCAAGAUGAAGAGAAGGAAGUCUGUACCAGCUAGUUCACCCGUCGCGGCGGAUUCUUUUUCCGAAGCCGUGAAUAUCAAAGAGUUAAAGGUUGAGGAUAUUCUGUGCCAUUGGCAGAAAAAGUCGUCCUUGGAAAAUAUACCAAUUCCGCUUCCCCCAAUCUUCUCGUCUCCAUGCUGUCCAGCUUACCUGGAUACAGUAACGUUAUCGGUGACUGCCAAAGGACCUUGGUCUUCGCUUGGCCCUGGAAUCGUUGCCAAGGGCAACACACAACAAUGGGAUCGCGCUUUAGCCAAGUUAUUGCCAAAGAAAUCGCAAUGUGAUUUGCUGAUCAAGCACUACAUGGAGGAGAUCUCAUGGAUCUACCGAACGAUGCACUUGGCGAGUUUCUGCGAAGAAUAUGAGAAGUUUUGGGCCUCAAAGGUGAAGGACAUGGAUACAGCCUUCAUCGGGUUGAUAUUUUCGAUGCUGGCUGUAAUUUCGCUUUUUCUACCGCAGGACAAAAUCUCUGGAGAAGGUUACUCGGUGCUGGAGCUCAGGAAAUUGUCUAGUCUAUGGUAUCAUGGAUGCCGACAGGCGAUGAUUGUUUCUGGUUUCGAGAUGAAACCCAAUUUAACUCAUCUUCACACAUUCUCGGUCCUGCAAACAUAUUUCUACGCAAUCAACGAUAGCAACACUUUGCACUCAUUACUGGGCCAGGCGGUGGUGUCUGCCCAGAUCCUGGGACUCCACGAUGUGAAGCAACCAUCCGACGAGAACUACGAUCGUAUUGACUACGAAAUCAGGAAGCGUAUUUGGUGGGACCUCUGCUCAUGUGAUACGUACCAAGCGUUUUGCAUGAGUAGACCUCCUUUAAUCAGGUGUACAUCUGCUGUUACGCCUUUACCUUCGAACUGCCACGAUUCGGAGAUCACUAAAUGCUCUAUCAAGGUGCGACCCAUGAGUGAGCCCACCUACGUCUCUGUCACGAUUCUUAUUAUCCAACUAAUGAGAAUCUGCAAUCAUUUGUGGGAGGAGAAUGGAGUGUAUACCACGGACAUCAACAGAGUCAUAGAGGUGGAUAAAAAGAUGAACCAGCUUUUGGAGCAGCGGCCUUGGUAUCUUCAAUUCUUACCUGAUGGCUCAUUGCCAAAGUUGCCGGAGGCUGAAAACAUGCAUCUUGUACACUGGCAAUUUCAAAACCUGUACAGUUGUAUCAUGACUCAAAAACUAAGAAUGUUCAGAGUUUACCUCUCACCCAGGAAUCAGUAUGCUUACAACGCUUGUGAAGCAGCAAUUCACUCAGUAUUUGAUGUUUAUGAUCAACUAAGAAAAAUCCCAAAUAUUGAAGGCACAUCCACGUUUUUAGUGCAGGGGUAUCAAACGUUUUCCGGAGCUGUUGCUCUCAGUGCUUUCUUACUCGUCGAACAGCCCCACAAUGCAGACGAUGUCUUUGAGGAAGUUGCCAGAUUACUUGAAGACAUGAAGAUUCGCAAGCUCAGUGGUGUUGAGCAUCCUGUUGUGACUCAAGGUGCCAAGAUAAUAGCCAAAAUGAUGGAUAUUUUGGGAAAGAGAAAGCUCGUGUCUGACAAUGCAACCAAGCAAUCUCUGGUGGGAAUCUCAAAUAAGAUAUACACGGUAUUUGGAGGGAAAGUUGUGGCCAAGUCUUAUGUUGAUCGUGCUAGUAAGAAGAGGGAUGUGACUCCGGUUGCUGUAGGGCCAGCCGCGAGAGUUCUGAGAGAAGAAGAGGUUGAGUCUGCGAGUAACUCGCCUCAUACCUGGGCAGCUUUCAAUGAAAAAGGACUUUUGAACAAUCUGGAUUGGAGUUUAUGGGAAUCGUUUUUAUUGGAUGAACCAGCAGAAGAUUCUAGGGUGAAAGAAGAGGGUUAA